GUCAGCAGGCUACGUCAGCAGUGCCACGUCAGCAGCAGAGGAUACCAAACAGGUCCCGGCCAGUCUAUGCGGUUGAGAUCUCAAACAGCAGUCAUGGACCAGCGGCCCGGAGAAGCGGAUGAGGCCUAUCAGGCCCGCAUGCUGGCCUGGAGUACCGAGACUAAGAAACGGGCAGAUGACGCUGCAGCCGCAGCGAAGAAGAAGGCAGAGGAUGCCGAGCAGGCGCGUCUGCUGGCACUUGAACAACAGCGCCAGCAUGACGAAGCAACACCAAGGGCUGCCGAUGAAGAACGAACACAGCGCCGAGAGAAGAUAUUUACCGGAGAGCGGGCGUUACUUACCAUGGCAGCAGAAUGGCGAACCGAGGCCGAGAAUAACCAGUUGGAGGAUAACGCAAACAAGAUAGCGCUCCUCCUCUCGCAUCUCACGGAUCUCCUGGCAACCUGCAUUACCCAGCAGGCAGAGAUCCUUGGUCUCGACAGAUCGCUAGCUCACCUCCAAGACCAUUUUCAGCGGUUGGAGCAGCGACCAGUCGCCGCCGCCGACGCAGGCUCUUCCAACACUGCCGACCGCCUCAAUGCAUUGGAGAUGCACGUCGGCUCACUCCAGGAUGGCGCACAGUUACAGCUCACCGCGACGCAACACCAGGCUUGGUUGGACAACCUCCUGUCCAAGUACGGAGUAGUAGCGGUCGACUUGCACACCAAGAUCAGUUGGGAUGAUCUGAAGGCGGCGUGGCACAAGCGGUUCCAGGUGGAGCCGCCAGAGAUCAAAGCCAUGGACAAGCUCAUGGUCUUCGAGCAAGGCACUCUGCCGAGUACGGACUGGAUCGCCGAGUACCAACACUUGACGUCAGCCCCAGACAUCCAGAUGGGCUUCAAGGCCAUCCGCCAUUACUUCAUCUCAAGGUCAUGUCCGACAUUGAGUAAUGCCCUGACGCAUGUCGAGGACACCUUGACGACGACGGCGGAACUAUUCGACAAGGCUGCGCAGAUCAUCAUCACGAACAAGGAGGCCAAGAACCUCCGUUCAUCUGCGUCAGGCCCGAGCAGGGACCAGCAUCGGCCAAGAGUGGCCGUGGUCGCAGCGGCAGCGCCGUUAGACCAAACCAGCGAGGUUGUGUCUGCCAGUGAAGGGGACAGAUUCACAGCCGCCCGGGAAGACGCAGGUUUGCCCAUUGAAAGGCAAGGGCAGACAGGGAAACUGAGCACCGCCGAGAGUGACGCGACGACACUCUCGACGCCUUCGGAACUGGUUUCUUCGCGAGUAACCAGCCUUCAUUCCGAGGCGCACGCGGAAGUCGAUAGUCCUCCGUUUCAACUUUCUUUUGAGGACUAUGCUGCCCAGCUCGUUCCAACGCUGGGUACUCAAGCUCAAGGACAAGGAGUGUGUGCGGUUUCUUCUCCGUCCGGCCACAGCGACAGAUCGUCUUCAAGUGGUUCGUCACGAGAUUCGGCGCGCGAGUUCAAUGUAGAGGCAUUGGACCCGCUCACGUCUGAGGACUUUGCAUGGCUUCCUCUCCCGACCACAGGCUGUUUGCCGGGACCGCAAUGCGCAGCACUUAGCGCUAAGCUUCACACAUACCUAUCCUUCUAUGCACCACCAACUUCGCCGACGGAUGACGAAGUCGCGGUGGGGUACAUCCUGGCGUAUAUUACCAAGGUGGCCCGCGAGUUUCGCACGCAGCGGUACGAUGACAACAACGCACCACUCAUGAAUGUCCGCAUUCAGGUUGGGCAAGCGUCCUGCAACGCUUUGCUGGAUAGCGGCGCGUCUCGCAACUUCAUGAGCCAGUCUUUUAUGCAAAGGGCUGGCCUUGGCGCACAAGUUCGGAGGAAGGCAAACCCGACGGCGAUCAAGUUGGCGGAUGGUAAGACGCAACAACUUCUCGACCGUUACAUCGAGGCCGUACCGGUCUACUUCGCACCUCAUGCAUACGAACCAUUGACAUUCGAUAUUCUCGACACGGACUUCGACAUCAUUCUGGGAAUGCCUUGGCUUGCAAGUGCAGAUCACACGGUCAACUUCCAUCGGCGGACUCUUAGCGUUCGCGACGCCUUCGGCGCGAAAGUGGCGUGUACUAUUCCUCUACCGCACACUUCGAUCCGGUGCCAAGUAGUGAUGGCCAAAUCAUUCCGGGCGACUUGCGCUUACGAGCAGCCCGAGGAGAUCGGCCUAUGUUUCCUACGGACCGUCGCGGUAGCCGACUCUUCACCCACGGACUUGUCUUCAGACCCCCGUGUGGUACGGUUGCUGGACGAGUUCGCCGACAUAUUCGAGUCACCUACCGGUGUGGUGCCGGGUCGGCCGAUCUCUCACGAGAUCAUUCUUAAGGCCGGUGCCGUGCCGCCGAAAGGUUGCAUCUAUCGGAUGAGCGAGGAGGAGCUUGAGGUCCUCCGCGCACAACUUGAUGAUUUGUUGGCCAAGGGCUGGAUCCGCCCGAGAUAUCAUCAAAUCUCGAUCCAGCCGAACGAUCGCUACAAGACCGCGUUCAAGACGCAAUAUGGGCAUUUUGAGUGGGUGGUCAUGCCUUUUGGCCUCACCAACGCCCCGGCGACCUUUCAGGCGGCGAUGACCAAUGAGUUUCGUGCAAUGUUGGACCGGUUCGUGCUGGUCUACUUAGACGAUAUUCUCGUCUAUAGCCGGUCAUUGGAGGAUCAUCUGGGGCAUCCUCGACAAGUGUUGGAGACACUCCGCCGCGCCAAGUACAAGGCCAACCGUGACAAGUGUGAAUUUGUCCGGCAAGAGCUGGAAUACUUGGGCCAUUUUGUCACACCGGAGGGCAUCAGUCCGCUAUCGGACAAGAUUCAGGCCGUCCAAGAGUGGCCGGAGCCUCGGAACGUCACAGAUGUCCGCUCGUUCCUCGGUCUUACCGGCUACUAUCAGUGCUUCAUCAAAGGCUACUCCAAGAUCGCGGCCCACUUGAACAAGCUUCAGUGCGAGGAUCGGCCGUUUGACUUCGGAGAGGAGGCGCGAGGAUCCUUCUUCGCUCUCAAAGUCGCGCUAUUGUCUCCGGAGGUCUUGCGGAUAUACGACCCGCUCGCGCCUACACGUGUCACCACGGAUGCGUCUGGCUAUGGCAUUGGUGCAGUCCUCGAGCAACAUGAUGGUGUGGACUGGCACCCGGUCGAAUACUUCAGCAAGAAAGUGCCUCUUGUGCAUUCCAUUGACGAUGCACGCAAGAAGGAGCUCCUCAACUUCGUCCACGCACUCAAGCGGUGGCGGCACUUCCUCCUUGGUCGAAGCCAGUUUCGAUGGGUAACGAACAACAAUCCGUUGGUCUUCUACAAGACCCAGGACACCGUCAACAGCACCAUCGCUCGAUGGAUGGCUUUCAUCAACCAGUUCGACUUCUUUCCCGAUCGCAUUCCCGGGAAGUCGAACCAUUUUGCGGAUGCUCUUUCACGGCGUCCGGAUCAUUGUACCGCAGUCUACUCGACCUUCGAGAUUGACGACGACUUGCGGAACAACUUCAUCCGCGGAUACCAAGCCGACCCCGAGUUUUGCGACAAGUACGCGAAUUGCUCCUCUCCUAAUCCGGCUCCUUCUCACUACCGGAUCCAAGAGGGGUACUUGCAUGUCCACACGCGGGGGAAGGACCUUCUUUGCGUACCGAGUGAUCCUCACUUGCGUACACGGCUUCUUGGUGAGUUCCACGACGCUCCCGCUACUGGACAUUUUGGAGUCAAUCGCACAAUUGGCCGACUUCGCCAGCGAUUUUGGUGGCCCGGCCUUCUCGGCGACGUCACGCGCUAUUGCGAGUCAUGCGAGGUUUGUCGACGCUGCAAAUCCCGCAACCAUCGUCCGUACGGCGAGUUACGACCAUUGCCAAUCCCGUUGAGGCGAAGGGAAGCGAUUGUCAUGGACAUCACCGGCCCGUUCCCCAAGCACAAGACCAGAGUGGAUGGGAUUUUCACGGUGGUCGACCGACUCACCAAGUUCGCCAUGUUUUUGCCUGGUCGCUAUCAUGCCAAGGCACCGGAGUUGGCCGAGGUUCUGUACGCCGGUUGGAUUCGCACCAAGGGUUACCCCAAGGAGAUCGUCUGCGACCGCGACACUCGGUUCAUGUCYGAUUUUUGGUUGGCGCUCAUCAAGCGAUGGGGCUCAUCUCUCAAGCCCAGUUCAGCUCGCCACCCUCAGACCGAUGGCCAGACGGAGAGGGCGCAUCAGACCGCACAGGUUCUCCUUCGCACUCUCAUCCGCCCCGACCAAAAAGACUGGGUUGAGCGACUGCCGGAUGUUGAGUUGGCCUACAACUCUUCCAUCCACCCAGCUAUUGGGAUAUCGCCCUUUGAGUUCGAGCACGGCUCGCCGGUUACGUCACCGUUGGACACGAUUACUCCACGCACGGCCGAGAGCGACGACCAUCUUCUUUUCUUGUGUCGGAUGCAAGAGCUUCUUGACAAGGCACGCGACCAGAUGGCUAAGACGCAGCAGCGCAUGAGCCAACAGGCAAAUCGCCAGCGUCUUCCUUGUCCAUUCCGCGCCGGGGACCUCGUCUGGGUUUCAGCAGCGGAAUUCAGCCUUGAACAAGACAUCUCUCGCAAGCUCCUUCCGAAAUGGAUGGGGCCUUGGCCGAUCAUUGAGCCCGUUGGGGACGCACCUGAAGGACCUUCCUUCACGAUUCAGGUGCCUAGCCACUUGCCCGUCUACCCAGUCUUUCAUUGUUCCAAAUUGGCUCUGUACACGCCAGCGGAACAUGACGAUUUUCCCGGGAGACGUACGCAGGACCCACCUUCUAUGGAUGGUUUUCAGGACGUCGGCGACAUCAUCUCCCAGCGACGCUACGGCAACAAGCCAACUGAGUAUUUGGUGCAUUUUGCCUACUGCACACAUCAAGCUGACCGUUGGUUAACCCGUGCGGAACUGCAAGCGACAGCUCCAGACGUUCUCGCACGCCACGAGCGCAAGAUGCAAGGCAAGCCGGUUUCUUCGGCUCCACGUCGCACCCGCGUCCAGGUUCCACCUUCAGAUCGACGGCUUCGCCCUUGCCCCGGCUUGACUUAGGAGGGGGGGGUGUUACAUGCAGCGCGUACACACACGGGCCAUUUUGCAGGCCCGACGGCCAUUUUGCAGGCCUGCGUCCGUUCAAGCUAAAAGC